AUGACCCUCAUACUGGGCUUGAGUGCCGUCGUCGCCAUCUCCGCCGCAUCUGCAACCGUCUUCAUUGUCGUCUCAGUGGUGGGGAUCGUGGUCUGGGUCAGAGUGCGUAAGGAGCGCCAUGCACUGAAGCUGCUCAGCAUCAACGAAGGGCAGCGUGUCAGCACAUAUCCCCUUAGACAAGACACCGUGACGGAGCUAUCUCGCGAGGAGGGAAGUGCACUAAGAGAACAUGGACAGCUGCCCUACGGCAAACCUACAGAAUGGGGCGAGGUAGCCUCGCGAGAGAGCCUCCUUCGAUCCAAAAACGACUCGGACUCGUCGUUUCCACUACUCACAGAGAAGGCUCGAUCACUUCGCAGCUCCCUGUCACGCUCUCGCUCCAAACGGCUGUCAAGGUCGUCACAUAAACACCGCCGGCUGAGCUCGCUGAUCACCUUGAGCGAGAACCCCAACCGAUGGCCCAGCCCGUCGCCCAAGAUAUCAUUUUCAAAAGACGACGUGCCUCUAUCAGCGGUGGAAGGAGCUCUCGAGCUGCCUGCAGAGCGGACUCCAAACCACACUCCGGAGAUUAGCGAAGAUGACACCGGGUUUCGCGGUAUGCGUCCCAUGUCACCAGCAUGGCCUCUGCCGUCUCAACGGGACCGCAGCAGUAUCUUCCCACUGUUGGAAGAUCACGGUCCCCACGGCAUCUUCGAUCCGCCUCCCAGAAUUUUCGAAGACAACGAAUCUCGACGGAGUCGAGGGGCCAGCAUCAUCAGCCAGACGGCGGGUGAAAUGCCCGACCAGCCUAUUCCUCCACCACCGCCAGCAGCACGUCAGCCGAAUCGAUAUACGUACGCCCCCAAUGAGUCGACCAUGCGAUUAUCUUCCAUCAGCCUGGAUACCAUGGCCAGCUCGAUCUUAGAAGAUAGCAGGAUUACCGAUCUCACCUCGCCCAUUUACUCGUCCGGGGGGACGUGUGUACCAUUCAGUGCCAACGAUGUUGGAGUCAAAGAUGGCCGAAGAAGCUUCAUCUCGACAAACAGCUCCGUGCCAUCACAUCUACUUCCCGUCCGUUCUUCUUCUAUCGCGGAGUCUGCCCGCACGAGGUCUAUAGAGCUCACGACACCCCGGCGCAGUAUGACUGAACGAUAUUCGUGCAGCAACAGUGAACGCUACAGUGCGCCGCCACGCCGCAGUGAAUCCUUGUCAUCAAAUCCGCUGAAUCGGCAUUCUUCUUUACGAAGUGCGGCCUCGGGCUCAAUAUCUGGAUUCCACAGCUCGCGUCCUACCAGUUGGCGCUCUUCGGUAGGCUCGUUUGUGCCACAGUUCGGCCAGUUCCAAUGCGAGACUGUCUACGAAAGUGAACAGCAGCGGAGAAAUGACCCUUUCGGCCCCGGGUCACAUCGAAAUGUGCUUCCUACAAUCGAGUCUCCCCGACAAAAUGACCCGGUGAUCCAUCGUCCUCAAAGCCCAAUGCAUCGUUCCAGUUUGUCUCAACGGGGACCUCCGCCGUCCGCAAUGAAGAGUGUGAGCUCGCAGCGAAAGGGUCACAGGAGACAAAACUGCGUGCGCAUUUCGAUUCAUCCCCCGGUGACCUUCGGAGCACCGCCGUUCUCGCCAACUGUCGAAGAGGAGCCAGAGGAUCUCGACCGGAUGGAGGAAGUCGAUCUGCGUGAAAGCGCAAUUAACCGACCACCACAGACGCAGACUCCAACGAAUAGUACCUCGCCUCUCAAUGCUUCCAAGCUCGGCAAGUACGGCAGCCAACGUGCCAAACAACAACAGGUCGCCAAGUCACUUGGUCCAUUGGCGGAAGAGCCGUGCAAGCAGAGCCCGCCAAAGAAGAGGAAACACGCUCCCAGCGACUCGGCUGAUCUCCCACCCCCUGUCGAGAAAGACCGUAUGCUGCCUGUGAUCCUUACCUCUCUGCCGCCUUCUAGCGAUCCCGUUAGUGCCCUAACCCAUACACCUUCUCCCGAGAGGGUGCCACCGGUAUGGACCAUGUCCGAGAAUGCAGCAUCACCAAUAUCUCCCGUCCCUGGGAGCCCACGGAAGACGGCAGUCAGAGGUCCACGCAGCCAACCCCCAUCAACUCCACGAUCCGCUCGCAGCAAAUCAGUGGCCGAGGUUAAUAAUCCCACAGACCUGUCACUGACAACGACUACCACCAACACAUCCGGUUCGCCAACGCGCGCACCUCUCGCCUCUAACGAGUUCCCCAAGUCCAACGAGUCCCUGUACCGGUCCAGGACCGACGCACGCUCUUAUCGUCGAGACCGUGAUUCGCAAGACACUCUCGCCAGUAACCGCGACUCAAUAAUCCUCAUCCCCUCGUCGCCCGUGCACAGCAACCGGGUGAAAGACCGCGUCACCAUCUGGGAAGAUGCUACUCGUCAGGGCUCGCCGCCGAAACAGUCCACCGUGAACUUUAUCCAUACGCCUGGCGGAGCUGCUGAUGACGCCUCGAGCACGCCUCGUUCACUUGCAAAGGAUGACUACAGGCCCCCAUCUCGCAUGGCCAGUCGCCGUGCUCCGAACUCACCGACAAAACGGGGCCUCACUACUCCGACAGGGAAGAGUAUCGGUCUAGGCAUCGGGGCUACCACGCCGGGUAGUUUGUACGAUGGCGAGGGCUUCUUAAAAGAAUGA